AGAUCCUUCUAAGUUCUAAAACCCUAACUUUGGAAAAACCUCUCAAUCUUCAGCGAUGGCCCUUCUUCUCCACCUUAGAAGCAGAGCCAAAUCCAAUACUGUGUCAAACUCUUCUCUGCGCCACCAUCUCUUCUGUACUUCCAACUCCGGCGGCGGCGGCGACGGCGACGGCGAUCGAGAUCCUCCUACUUCGAACUCUCCUUUCUCUUCAUAUUUCAGAGAUGUCAAGGACAGGCUCAAACAACCCUCACCCUCACGAUCUACUCCAAAGCUCUCGGACACAAGGUCCUCGAGCUUUUCCUUCCCCGCUUCCUCCAAAUCCCAACCAUCUUCUCUCGAUGAGAUCCAAAAGAACUUAUCCGAGUUCCGCCGCCGCCGUACUUCAGUGCCUCCGCCUGGUGAUCCGUCGUCGGCGCCGCAGCAGCAAAUCUCAUUUCAGGAGAUCUAUAAGCGGGGGCAAAUUCAAGGCGAAUCCGCUGGAAAUGCUGCCAAUGUGGGAACUGCUAAGCCUGGCGGCGGUGGGGUCUCUUUCGAUGCGAUUCGUGAAAGCUUGCGGCAGAUUGGCGCCGGCGCCGGCGGUCGCAAGGGCAUGACGGGAUUGAAAGACGCAUUGAAUUUGAAGCCCUCGGGUUCGACGGUUAUCGGCGGUUCCGGUUCGUUGCCGGAUUCUGUUUUCGGCAGGGAGAUGAGGGAGAAGAGAGAGGGAGAUGGCUUCACGGCGGCGACGAAGACGGAGUUCGCGAAGAUGUAUAAUUAUGGGGAAUUGGGUGAGAAAUUGAGGAAAUUGAGACCUGAGGGAAAAGGAAAAGAGUGGUUUUCUCUUAGGGAGUUGAAUGAGAGGUUGAUGAGGUUGAGGGAGAUGGAGAAGAAGGAAGCUGAGUCUAAUGUCAAAAGAUUUUCCGUUGAGGAUGUCAGACAGGUCUUGACUGAGAUGAGUGAAGCUGAUGAAAAGAAAAAGAAAAAAUCACUGCAGAGAAUUGAUUUCUUGGGCCAGUUGGGUGGGACUCCAGCCUUCUUGCUGGAGCCUCCUAAAGAGCAUCUUGUUGAAAAGUACUUUCAUCCAGAUAAUAUGUCCUCAGCAGAAAAGUUGAAAAUUGAGCUCGCAAAGGUUAGAGAUGAGUUUAAAAUGUCGGAGUCAGAUUGUGGAUCUGCUCGCGUUCAAGUUGCACAACUCACAACUAAGAUUAAGCAUCUAUCAUCAGUUCUACACAAGAAGGAUGUGCAUUCUCGAAAAGGCCUGGUAGCAAUGGUUCAGAGGAGAAAAAGAUUACUGAAAUACCUCAGAAGAACUGACUGGGAAUCCUAUUGUUUUGUUAUCUCUAAGCUAGGUCUACGAGAUAAUCCUGAUUAUACUUAUAAAGGUCGAUCUGCUCAGGCAACGAGCUCAUAGGGUCACUCUGGUAGUAGGAUUGAAAAAAAAAAAAAAAAAACCUGAAUAACAUAAAAACCAAACUGGAAAAAAGAGAGAAAAAAAAUUACAAGCCAGCUGGGUAGUCCAGGUUUUAUCCAGUCCGAGUAACCAGGUCAAUCAGGGUUUGACUGUUUUAAACCAAACUGAACAAGUGACUGAGUCACCGGUUUUCCAGGUCAGGGUUUUCAACUACGAUUCACAUAUCAAUUCCUGAAAAAAUGCCCUAGUCCAAUUUUCUUUUUCUGUACUAGAUUAAGAUUCAUAUUAUGGUCAGCCCAUUUUAUUAUUUUUUACCAUUUCUGGGUUGAAUUUAUGAAAAAUGUUUAAUUUAUUGUACAUUAUUUAUUUUGUACGUUUUCUAAUUGGUCUG